CUUAGAGUCCUAGUCUUACAUUGACUCGGGAAGCGUGAACACGUGCUAGUAUCUUGUGCGGAAUAAAUUAAGUUCUAAUCGCAAAUAAUGGGUAAACAAAAACGUGAAAGGCGCAAGCCUCACAAGAAAAAUCCUACCGGACUUCCCAAUGUCGAAGAUCUCGACAAAGAAGAAGAGGAACUUGACGAGGAGGACAAAGAUGCGGCAUUGCAGCGGAUGAUUGAUCAGUUGGAAUCCCCAAAUAUAGAAGAAAAAUUAUCUGGCCUACAAACAUUAGAGUCAAUGUGUACCAAUGCAGAGAUGGCUAUGCAAGCCGCCAAGGGAGGUGUAGCAAGGAUAGCGGCUCCGUUGCUGGUAGAUGAAAACAACUUGGUACGAGCCGCUAGCGCCAGCGCCUUGCGUAACAUAGCCAACAACGGAGGCGAAGAUGCAUGCAAUAUGCUGCUAGAUCACGAUAUUAUGACACCAUUGGCCGCGUUGCUGCAGAGACAUUAUACAUCCUGGCAACCAAAGCCCAAAGAAAAGGGGAAAAUAGAUGAUGAAAAAGAAACUUUCAUUCAAGCCAUAACUCUGCUCUGGACUUUGUGUGAGAAUGAUGAGCACGCUAUAAAGUAUUCCAACGAAGGUCACCUCAUAUCGAUUCUGAUAAAAUGCUUGGACAUUUCUCUUCACAGUUUGGACGUCAAUAUAAUAGCUGCUCAAUGCAUGUUGACUUUAUCCGAAGAUAAUCCACUGGCUAUAAGUGAAUUGAAAAAAUACGAAGGACCUUUGCUCAGCUUGUUAAAACUGAAAACUGACAAAGAAUCCGACUUGUCUAAUGUCAUGCUUCUCAAAACUCUGUCUGGCGGUCUUUUGAUGAAUAUCAACAACUCUGAAGGCACCUCAGCGAUUGUCUCUUGCCAAGUAGCGACAGCGCUCGCCGAAACUCUGGCAUUCGAUCAUAGAAAAUUAUUGAACAGCGUUACUUCGACGCUCCCUCUAGAUACAAAUAGUUUGAACGUUAAAUCUGAGAAGAAAUUGAACGAUAUUAAGAAGUACUUGACAGCGCAGCAGCAGGCGUUAGAAAUCUUGGCCAAUUUAUGCUCUGAGGACCCGCAGGAAGACAUGGAUUCUGAUUUGGAUGAUUCAGAUCCAGCCGAGGAAGAGAAUGAUUUCAUCGACGACGAUGUUAUGUCUAUGGAUAAAUUCCACAUUUCUACACUGCCGAUAGAAUUGACGGAAGUUUUUGCCAGUCUUAAAAUAGUCGAUAUAGUUUGGGCGAAAACGAUUUUACUUCCGGAAAACGUCAGGCAAAUAUUGUUCGAAAAUCCUGAAAGCAAAACGGUUCUGAAACAGGCCCACGUUCUCAGGUGCAGAUCAUUUUUGUGCCUUAACAACUUAAUUUCUACCUUGGAUAUUGACGGAUUAGGUGGAGUGGAAAAUUUAUACAGGAUGUGGGUAGAAAUCGGAAAUGUAGUCUUCAAAGAGGCCGAUCAAAACGAUAUUGCACUCUUAGAAUCAGCGACAGCUGCAAUGAGAGCAGCGUUGCAAAAAUUGGUCGAAGUACGAGCUAACGUCUUCAGCCAGUUAAGCAUGUUCGACAUUCAGGUAAUGUUGAACGGGGAACAACAGUGUCCAAAUCCCAACGUCAGAGUGAACUUGGUUCGAAUUGUCGGUAAUCUUGCCUUGGUUUUCACCAACACGAACACAGCUAACUGCCGAGAACUAGUCAAGCAUCUUUCUAUAUUUCUGCUCGAUGCAUGUGCGAAGGAACCAGAGGUGUGGGUAAUUGCCGAAUGUUUAGACGCCAUAAUGGAUAUCUUUUCGGAAGAUGAGACGAACGAAGUGGCUGCUGAAAUCGAAUUGGUCGAUAAACUGCGACCCUUGGUCCAGAUCUUGAACAACAAGAUUCGUCAGCAGAAAAAACGGCUGGGUGAUAACUUCUACGUCGUGUCAACCGUGAAAACUAAUCUUAAUAGAUUCGUAAAGUAUAAGGGAGCUCAACUGGCAAAACUCAAAUGAAUUUUCACAGCUAGUUAAGCGUACCUACUAAUAUACAUAGAUUUUUUUAGAUCUAAAUUUUACUUUUUCUUCUCGAAUGUACAUACUGACUUAUAUUGAAGAAUAUAAACGUAUAUUGCGGUUGAUAGUAAGUUGAUGAUGAAAAUUGAACGUUGAAUACGACGGUUCUUGAAAAAUUAUUGUGAUUAUAUCUAAUCGAAUGUUUAAUUUUUGGAACUUCGGUGAUGUAAAGAGACGGUUUUUUACGCCGCGUAAAGAAUAAAAUAUACGGGAGGUUAUAAAUAAUAGUACCUAUGUUUAGGAAAUUAAAUAGCUGUUUUUUUUCUCUAUAUUUUCUGUUUAAUAUU